GCGGCUGACGAUGUGAUUCACCUAGGCUGCCUCUGCUCCUGCCACUGCGCUUCACCUGGCGAGACACAAUGUUCCGACGUGCACGCGCGCGGCCAACCACCAUCAUCUGAGCAGCACUGCCCGGCACCGGCACGAGGCUGUGAACCGCCAAAACCUGCAGCCUGCGGGGUGACUACGCCUGCGCACGCCCGCCAUAUCGACGUCUUCUCUUCGCCCGCCUCGCCAGUCCCACUGCCACCGCAACCAUGGUCAAGGCCGACCCCACGCGCAACUACUACGCCGACCUCAAGGUGUCUUCGACGGCCAGCGAAAACGAGAUCCGCAAGGCCUUCCGCACGCUUGCGCUGCAGUACCACCCCGACCGCAACCCGGGGCGCGAGGCCGAGGUUGUUGUCAAAUUCCAGGAGAUCCAGGCCGCCCACGAGGUCUUGGGCGACCCAGCCCAACGAGCAAGGUACGACGCAGAGAGGAGGAAAUACCGCAAUGCCUCUAUUCCCGCAAACACGCCCAACACGCCGAGGGCAAGGCCGCCGCCCUCACGCAACGCAUACACGACCACAACGCCCAGCGGCUCCUACUAUCGCGCUCCUCCCCCGAAGCCGCAGGCACAGCGCCCUCCCCCGCCACAGCCACAGCACUCGUACAGCACAGGCGCAGACCGCUUCACCAACAAAAACUUUCGCCCGCCCCCAACAGCGCAAAAAGCAGACGCGCGGGCCAGGGACGCAGAGGCCAGGGCCAAUGUCUUUACGGCAUGGCAGAAGAUGAAGCAGCCGCGGGGCGACGAGGCCCGGCAGCACAAUGCAAACCCCUACAGCAGCGCACACGCCAAUCCCCCGAGCAACCCCAACGGCACCCCCUUUGGACGGAGCCAGAGCACAAGAGCUCCGCCCAAGCAGGGCUUUGACCCUUCCAUGCCGGGCGUGGACGAGGGCCAGGCGCGGUCGGCGUAUAGAAACUAUGCUCGCGCGGCCCCAACACCACCCCGCUCCGCCACCCCUCCCAAAGAAAGCCAUGCUGACAAUGUGCCAUACUCGGAAGGCAACCGCGUGCGCACGCCGUACUAUUCGCAUGUCGGGGGCGAGCGAACGUCCAUGUUUGAAAACAUGGGCAGAUCGGCGAGCGUGCGCAAUUCACCAACGUACAUGCACCGAGCAAGCUCGUCGCACGACGCAGGCGCAUACUCUGACUCGGGUCGCAAGGCGCCACCAAACAAGUCCAACGGCACGGCCAACAAGGGCUUUGCGCAUGGCUACCCCGACUCGAGCGACGAAGACUCUGAUUCAGAUAGUGAUUUGAUCAAUGGCAAACAUCACCAUGAUCCUCCACCCCCGCCCCCGCCACAGGCCCAAAGACCCCCUCCGCCAACGUGGGCUCAGAGUGGCUUUGCGACCCCUGACCCAAGACGACAGAGCUACGGCGCAGCGGGCCACAUGCCCAAUAGCUUCAAGAGCCGGAGCGAAGAGAGCAUCAACAUGAAGUUCUCGCCAUCGGACUGGCAUGGCAAGUUCGAAGGCAGCAGUAGUUACUUUGCUCCUGACAUAGCAAAAGGUGCCAGCUCCAAAGGCCGAACCUCGCCAUCGCGCGGCAGAGCCUCGCAACGUAGUACAAAAGACCGCAACCCAUUCAGCACACAGUCCAAUCCAUUUACACCGCAGGUUCCACUCGAUCACAUCCCCCCGCCGCCGCCUGGUCCGCCUCCUGGAGUCAACUUUCCUCCGCCUCCAGUAGCUCCGCAUGCGGCCAAAUUUAGUCCUCAGGACUGGCAAGAGACAUUCAAAGACCCGAAUUGGGUCUACAACGAUGCCAAGGAAACGUCGCCUCGUCGGCCGUCCGAGACUACCAAGCGACCAAAGGGCCCGCGCAAGGCGUCUGUGCAACAGAACGGAGCCAAGUCUCAAGACAAGUCAGAUGCAUCGCGGCCAAAGUACCAGGCUUUUGCUGAGGAAGCGGCCAAUGGCGAUGCCGACGCAAUGGAUAUUGACCCUGGGCCACCAUCGGCCGACACGAAGAAGAGCACAACCAAGGCGCCAAAGCUCAACACGGCCGCAGCAAGCUCGAUACCGAAUGGCUUUGCCACUGCGCCAUCGUCGGCGACGACUGCAAAGCCGCCUGCAGCAGGACUGAACGGUCUCGGGCCCGACUUUAUCAAGCCGCUUGUCGAGCCGCAGAAGAAUGGACUGGGUGGAAUGGCGUCUGUUGGGGAUGCGCUUCCCUUUUCUUCCGAGGCGUCCAACUCACACCCUAUCAAGGCAAAUGCAGCAAGAAGUCUCAAGUACCCCGAGGUACCGCAUGCGCCUCCCGUGCCGGCCAAGCUGGACUUGGCGUCGAUUGAUCAGUACUUUGAGCGCAUGGGGUCGUAUGUCAAGUCGUACAGGAACUACUGCAAAGUGCUUACUGGGCACUUUGCGGCGCGCAACACGGAGAUGGAGGAGCUGGACGAGCACUUUAUUCGCAACCGUGGCGAGACCAGCAAGAAGGUGGGAUUCGUGAGCUACCUGGCCAAGAUGGAGGAAGACGAGAGCGUCAUGGAGACGUGGAAGGUUGCACAGGAACGACACAUUGUUGCGUUGCAGCAGUGUGCAGACCGUGUGCCGAAGCCACGGCCGCUGUUGCUGAGAAGGAAGCAUCGUGUUCUUGGAUAG